AUGAGCGCCGCCGAUGCUUUCUACAUGUUUGAUGGCGGGCAACGGAUGGGCGCUUCAGCUGUCUUCGCAUUCGCCCUGCUAUCCACUAUGGCCCUAGCCCUUGUCAGUGUCCGUGUCGCCUAUGUCUGCUCGAUCGCGUACGCCAAGGGUGCCGCAGUCGAGAACGUCGGCCGUGAAGGCUACUUUCUACUCAAGACCCAGCUCGGCCAGUUCGCAGGCAGUUUACUAGUGGCAAACCUCUUCACGUCCAUCAGUGGGUUGGUGGAGAUCGAGUGGAUAGCCUUGGACGGCGUUCAGCACGGUUCAACGUGCAAUUCACAGGGAGUCUUCAGCCAGAUCGGCGAGUUUGCGACCGCAUACUUCAUCGUGGUCAUGGGCAUCCACACUUUCAUCACCCUGGUACUGAGGACACACCACGCCUCUUGGUUCGUGUUAUCGUCGAUUGCAGUUGGCUGGAUCGCAGCGGUCGUCAUUGCUGCCGCACCCGUCUCUGUCGACUCGAGCUCUUUGGGUCCUCUCUAUGGCUUUGUCGUCAUCGACUGUGGCAUAACGCGUGCAUACCCUGUGGCCCAUGUCCUGCUGUACUUCGUCCCUCUUUUUCUCUCAUGUUUCACAUCUGUUAUCAUUUAUUCCCUUAUCUUCCUCGUACUUCGUGGCAAUAUCACCGUGAACGGCGGUCUCAAGUUCCAUAUGGUCGCGCAGGGAGAGAGUUGGCGUUCGAGGGAUAGCGGAGUCGAGCGCUACAUGCGGUUCGUACGGUCAGUGGCGAGGAGCAUGAUAUGGUUCCCAGCCGCAUUCAUGCUCUGCAUCAUCCCCAAUGCAAUCUGUCAACUCUUGGAGACUUCCGGAUACUCCACUGCAUCCGGUGGCCAGACAUUCACCCUCGUCCUUCGGCAUACGAACGGCAUUCUCGACGUGCUCAUCUUCUACAAUGUCUUGCGGGUACUCGGUCCCGCUCUGGAUACCGGCGCUAUGACACAGGUCGAGAAGGCGAUGGCGAAGGAGGAUAUGCUACCGGGCAGCGCUUCCGGGACAGGCUAUGGACGCUCGUUCCUCGACGAUGACAGUCAAGGACAACGGCCACACGCGCCUAUGCCCUCUCCGAGCUUGCGCAAGCCGUGGCAGAACCACAAAGCUCACGGAUCGGAUGGCUCAGCCAACUCGCGAACGCACUUGCUCCCUCCCAGCAGCAAUCCAGCCAUGUCCUAUACCGAUUCGAUGCCUUCUUCCUCUCGUCAAACCGGCAGCGAUCUGGGUCACGGUCGUAAUGUGACGAAGCAGAUGAUCUCCAAGCCUGUUCCCGUAGAUCUAGACGCGCCGACCGCGUCUACUACGCAGGCGCAUCCUGCUCCGGAGACAUCGCAGCAUCGCGCAAACGACACUGCAACGCUGAGCGAUUUCCUGCGCACUACCGGCAACAAACCCUUCAUGGCGCGCAAUGCGAUGCACAAGCCUCUCCCUCUACUCCCGGAGAUUCGCAAGUCACUCGCUCGGUUCUCGUUCCAUCAUGGCCAUAUGAAUAAUGCAACGGGCGCCGCCAAGCGAGUCGCGCCUCCAACUGUGCCUCCUCCGCGCAUUCCAGGAGCUUCGCUCGCGCCAUUGGCGGAUCAUGCACUCGCACCUGCACCCACCCGUGUAGCGGCGCCUACCCCUGCCCGUGCAGAGGCAGUAGAGUCCAGCUCGGAUGAUAUGGAGGCGUCCCCGGCCCGCACGGACGAGCAAGAUAUCGUCUUGAUGCCCUUCUCGGCAACAUCAGCGACAUCGCGCCGCCAUACGCUCUCUGUGCCCGGUGAUCGAGCGACGGCCGUCAUCAGCAUGUACAUGCAUCGCCGCUCCACGCGCGAGAGUGCCCUCCCCGACUUUCCCAUCACCGCCUCCGACUGGCUAGAAGCGACCAAGACUCCGUAUGUCAUCAAGGAGGAUGCGCGUGACUACAUCAGUGCAGCACCGCGCUCGCGCUCCCUACGGAGUCGUUCGCCUUCCCCGCAACGACCUGCUCCUCCCAGGCGUAUAGACACGCUACCUCGGCGGGGUCAAUCAUUGGACGACGUGGCGCCUGCAACUGCAGCCGUUACCGAGUUUGACAUGAACGACUACAUGCCUUCGACGCCUCCCCCUGUUCCCGCUCUCCCUCGUCUAGUGGAGAUGCCGCAGGAUUGCCCGACCCCCAACCUUCCGUCUCCCAAUGUUCCUUGCUCUGUCGCUCAAGGCUCUCCUGCACAAACGGAGAUGGACAUGACCGACUACUACACCGACCAAGGUCAUGGCGAAGAGCACGACGAGGUUCCCGAUAUGCUGCCGCUCCCUAAGUUCCGCCCAAGGCUGACUAUUUACGACGACGAACUGAGCAUCUACUCGGCGGUCACCUCGACAUUCGGUUUCGGCUCUCGUCCUCGCGAAAGCCCCGGCGCAGUUCGCGCGCUACCACUCCCGCCUCACAUGCGGUUGGAUGUUGUCGUCAGUCCCGUCAAGUUCGAUGUCAAUACACCUAAGGUCGUGACACCUCUGAGCUCGAGGCCGGCCGUGCCGCCCACGCGUGGAUUCCGCCCUAUCCCCUGA